AUGACAGCCAACGGCACAAUCAAGCGGAACCCUCUCCUUAGAGGAGUAUAUGUGCCUACCGUGGCAUUCUUCAAGCCGGACGAAGAGAUUGAUCUGGCGGCCACAGAGAAGCAUGCUGCAUACCUUGCCCGCAGUGGAGUGACUGGUCUAGUCACCCAGGGUAGCAAUGGUGAAGCCGUGCAUCUGGAUCGCGAGGAGCGCAAGGCCAUCACCGCCGCAACACGUCGUGCUGUCGAUGCCGCGGGAUACCCAACAAUGCCAGUCAUCGCUGGCUGUGGUGCUGCAUCCACACGCGAGACAAUCCAGCUUUGCAAGGACUCCGGUGAAGCCGGUGCAGAUGCAGUGCUGGUCCUUCCCCCCAGCUACUAUAAGGCCCUCGUCAGUAAUGAGGCCCUCCACGCACACUUCCAGGCUGUAGCUGAUGCCUCACCUAUCCCACUGUUUAUCUAUAAUUUCCCCGGUGCCUCAUCCGGACUAGACUUGUCAUCUGACGAUAUCCUUUCGCUGUCCAAGCACCCCAAAAUUAUCGGAUGUAAACUCACCUGCGGUAAUACGGGCAAGUUGGCUCGUGUUGCGGCUUCCACUAAGCCUGAAUUCUUGACUUUUGGUGGAUCGGCCGACUUUACACUUCAGACUUUGGUUGCCGGUGGUGACGGUAUCAUUGGUGGCACGGCUAAUCUCAUUCCUCGGUCUUGUGUGCGGUUGAUGGAGCUGUAUGAGAGCGGGAAGGUUGCGGAGGCGCAGAAGUUGCAGGCGAUUGUUGCGCGGGCUGACUGGGGUGCCAUCCAUGGUGGGUUUGUCGCAGUCAAGAGUGCUUUACAGUCAUAUCAUGGAUACGGAGGACUUCCUCGACGACCAUGUGUUGUACCUUCUGAGAAGAGUAUUGCCGCGAUCCAUGAAGAGUUCCGUGAGAGUAUGGAGACUGAGAAAUCAUUUGAGAAGGCAUAA